CGGAAAUAGUAAGUGAAAGUGAUGUAGCCCAUUAAAAAAGGCAGAGUUGCACACAUUUAUACAUUUUAUUUCUUAAUAUCCCUCGGGAGAAAUGUUUUACCGAGCGAUAUGUUUAUAGUAUCAGGUAAAAUAUCUCGGAAGGAUUUUUGCUUACUGUAAUUUGUUCCGGGGAAAUCAAAACAAAAAGUGGUGUUUGUUAGCAUGUGGCUAAUUGUUGAGGUCCUGUAUCGAGCCUCCAGCAGAGGUUUUACGUUUCUGCAAAACAGUUAUUGCUGUUAACAGUUAAUGUAGUAAGAUGUUCAAGAAGCAAAAUUGUGAAAAACAGUAGCUAAAGAAAAAGCUAAGAAGUAAAACGAAACUAGGAAAGACGACGGGAGAAAACAAGGAUAAAGAUCGGUGUGGCCUUUCCUUGGUGGAAGUCACUGAUGAGGGGCAAAGUUUUUUCUUCUGGACAGAAAAAUCUCCGAUUUGCGGACAAGUAAUUAAAAUAAGAGAAGAAUCACCGGUGGAACUGGGAUGCCUCGAAGAAGGAAACUUCAACCUGAUGAUCCCAGAGGGCUGGAUUUGGUGCCCUCCAUACCCGCAGAAUCCACAUCAGAACUGGAGCAGACACAAAACAGCAAAGAUACCAUGUUACCUGCAGAUGUCCAGCCGCUGUUGGUGAUUAAGGAAGAGGUUCCCUGGUCCAGUCUGGACCAGCAGGACCCAGAACCUCUACACAUAAAGGAGGAAGAGGAGGAACUCUGGACCAGUCAGGUUGGAGAAAAGCUUGAUGGAAAGGAGACUGACAUCAGCAGGUUCUCAUUCACUGCUGUUACUGUGAAAAGUGAAGAUGAUGAAGAGAAACCUCAGUCCUCACAGCUUCAUCAAAUCAAAACUGAAGAUAGCAGAGACACAAAACCUCCAACUAGCAGCUCAGAUACACAGAUGAAAACAGAAGCUGAUGGAGAGGUCUGUGGAGGACCAGAACCAACCAUGAACCUGGCUCCAAACAAUUAUUUACAACAAAAUACUGAUGAAAACGAGUUUUUUGAGGCUGAAGUUAGUAUUGAUGACGACGAAGACUAUUGGCAGGAUCCAUUGUCAGAUUCUGAAUCCGAAACUGAAGACGGAGACCGUGAUUGGAGGGAGACCGGAGAACCUAAUUCAGGUGUAAAUAAGGAUUUAGGUUGUAGCGCUUCAAAAAAGUCCGUCACCUACUCUACGAGUGGUAAAGACUGUGAGUCGUCUCUUAAGUCAAACAAGACAGUCCACGCAGGGCGGCAGACGUUUGUCUGCAGCUACUGUGGCAAAAAAAUUAUUUAUGAGUCAGAUUUUAAGAAACACUUAAGAGUCCACACAGGAGAAAAACCAUAUCACUGUGACAUUUGUGGUAAAAGUUUUAGCCAGCGGGGAACUCUUUCAAAUCACAUGAAGAUCCACACAGGGGAGAAACCUUUUACGUGCAAUGAUUGUGGAAAAAGAUUUAACAAAAGGGCACAUCUGGAGAUGCACAUGAGAAUUCACACCGGAGAAAAGCCAUUUAGCUGCAACAUUUGUGGUCGGAGAUUUCAUCGAAACGAGCAUCUGAAGACGCACGUAGGAGUCCACACGGGAGAGAAACCAUUCAGCUGCCUUAUCUGUGCUAAAAGAUUCACCCGAAACACACUGCUCAAGACGCACAUGCGAGUCCACACUGGUGAGAAACCCUUUGCUUGCAGUGACUGUGGAAAAAGAUUCAACCAACGUGCAAAUCUUAAAACGCACAUGAGAGUCCACACAGGAGAGAAACCUUUCAGCUGCGUCGUUUGUGGCAAGAGAUUUAACCAAAUCUCAAAUCUUAAGACACACGUGAGAGUCCACGCAAGGAAGAAGCCGUAUCCGUGUGAUGAGUGUGGAAAGAAAUUCAACACGGAGACACACCUUAAAACACACAUGAGAGUCCACAAGGAGAAAAACCGUUUGGCUGUGAUGAUUGUGAAAGAUUAUUUUGCCAAAAACACAGCUAUUUAAGGAAUUUUGACCUUUAAAAAAAAAGGUUGUGACUAUUUGUAAAAUUUUAAACAAAAAAUCUGAAAUGUAUUUUUUGACGUUGCAGACGUGUGAAUCUAAAAUAUUUUCAUUUGUCACCAGCUUCAUUUUAGUGACAGAUGACAAUUUAGGGAAACAUUUGAUUAAAUUUUUAUUACCAUUAUAUAGAAUAUUCCUUCAGUAUUUUGGAAUGAUUAUCAAAAGAAAAGACAACAAAAGUUAAGCCGGUUUCUUUUUCAGAAAAUGCAGCAAAUGUGUUUAUCAGCCUGUAAACAUGUUAAAAUAUCUGAAACAAUUCAUAAUUAAAACCAUUUAUAAUUAAUAUUCACUGCAUGAGAUGGGUCAUUUUAACGUUUUUUAAUAGUCGCUGGAAUAAAUUCAGUAGUUUGUGACUACCAUCAUCAUAUGGAAAUGUGAUUUUAUCUGGUGUUGAUGCAUUUCCACCACCACGAAGGGGAAGUAAUGCACAGAACUGUUUGCCACCCACAUGAACACAAAUGAAAAAGAACUGCUUGACCACUUCCUGAUGUAUCCGUGUGAGAUUUGAUGUUCAGAAUCAUGUAGAACUGAAGACAACAGCUAUCAAACACUUGUGUGUGGAGAUCUUCCUCAUACAAACUCUUCUAGGUGAACCAUGGAUGUUAUAUAUCAGGACCACGCCAUGUAACUCUUCACCUUUCUUUUGUUUUUAUAUUCUGUAUGAAACACUUUGUAAUAAGAAUGACAGCAUAUGAAAUAUAAAUCAUUGGCAAAAUAAAUGAUGAGUUUGUGUA